AUGGAAGAGUAUAAGAGAUCAUCUUCUAUUCAAUCCCUAUCUUUAUCUAGCCAGGAAGAAUCAGCUGAGCAGCCAAUCACUAGCAAAACAUCCAAGGCCACUUUGAUUUUCAUCAAAAGUCUUAAUGACCAAUUUGUCUACCAUUUUGUCACCUAUGUUCCCAACCAGCUCCAAAUCAAAUCCAAAGAAAAAUCCAAGCAGUCAUCAAGAUAUAUUCAGUCUGUUAAGAAGAAUGAUGAAAUGCUGACCAGUAAAUCUAACAAAAAUAAUCAAAGUCAAAGGUCAAAUGAAGAAAAGGUAUUAAAUUUUACCAUGUUCCCCAAAGCUUAUCAAAAUGAUGUGGUACUGAACAAGGGAAAGAAGAAAGCAGAGAUCUCAGGCUUGACAUAG